AUGGAUAAAACUGCAGAGGGGAUGGAAUCAUUUUCUCAUAUGGCCCCAAAUUCAAAUCAAUCUUGCACCCCUCCACAAGUUCAAUUCCCUUAUCUGGCCAAAUCUGACAAGGUCCAACCCCUUCUGUUCGAGAGUCUUUCGCCUCCUCACCUCACUCCCAUAGCCCCCCUUCACAGUUGUCACCAAACGGAGGACACUAAGUCAGAGAGUCAGGGCAAUAUGAAUGAAACUGCUGAUGCUCUCAUACCUACUGUUUCUGGAUUUGAGCACCUAGGGCCUAUUGAGGAUGAAAUUAAAAAGGAGUUACUACUUGAGGUGGAUUUGGUCACUGUUGGGGAUGGGGACCAAAAUGAGGGGGAACACCAGAGCUCACCUCAUGAAGACAGUUCACCAAAUGAGGGAUCCAGCCUUCAUGAAAACAACCGCACUCAUGCACUACCUGCAAAAGCUCAGAUUGGAAAUGUGAAUAGAACUGUAACAACACAAAAUGUACAGACCGAAUCCUGCCCCUCUGACCCGCUGGAGAUCAAGCAAGAAGAGGAGGAGAUUAUGGUGCAGAGGAGAGAAGUGGAAAAGAGGGGAGUGGGAAGAAAGAAUUACACCAGAGGCAGGAGAAGAGGAGUUGGACGUGGGAGGAGGGGUUCAGCCACAAGGAAGGGUCUAGGAGGAGAGGGCAUGAGAGAAAUGGAACCAGAGAAAGAAAUUGAUGAAUGUCAAGUAGUCUACCAGCUGUAUUCACUCAAUAAUGAUACUGAAAUCAAGGAUGAAGCAGACGUCACUACUCUCCAUCCUGGUCAGUCAUCUCCCAUCAGUUUACAGACCGAGAUCAGAUCUAUCUCUGAGCAAAACAUGCUAACAGCUCCAUGUCUAUCUGGAUCCUUCAUCUCACCGCUUGAGGAGGACCCUGAGGACCAGGUAGUGUUUGAGCUAGAGUCAGUCACCACCAGUGUAGUGGAGGUGUUGAAGACCGAAGAUGGGAUGGUGAUGAAGGGAGUAGCAGGGGACCAGGACGACAGAGACACUGGCCAAUCCCCAGGCAUCAUACUGGAGAGGUUCCUCACCUCAAGGCAGAGAGAGGCAGCAGUGGGGGAGAAUGGAGUGGUGCUCAUGGCAGACUUGAGAGGUCAGGAGGUCAAGGUGGAGGAGAACAACUCUGAUUUGGUUCCUGUGCCACACAACUCUCUUGCCAGACACACAGUGGAGCAGAGGGGGGUCAGGAUGUAUCUGGUGAAGCAGGAAAACAACCUGGUUUUGAAUGAUCCCCAGGUUAGUCAAGGUCAAUCCCAAUUGAAUGUGGAGCACAGCAGUACCAGGCAGUGCAUAUUCUACCCAGUGAAGGAGGAGAGGGAGCUUCUGGAGGAGCCAUCUCAAAGUGAGCAGGGGGUACCAGCGCUGGUGGAGCCUGGAGAGGCCAGACUCAACCAUCCAGUGGAGACUCUAUCCACUACCAACCCUGCAGUAGAGGAGUAUGAGGUGAACAGGAGCACAGCAAAGUUUGGAUCUGAGAUUAAUGAGUAUGGAGAAGGUGAGCUGGACUUUGAGCAGCAAGACACUGAGGAGCUUGUUGAUUUCCUACUUCAGAAUUCUGACGAAGUGGAGUCAGAGGUUGUUGAAUGUUCUGACCCGCAGCCUGACCCUGAGGCUGUAGUUAUGGCAUGUUACCAUGACAGCCAAAGCCAUGCCUCGCUGCAUUCAAAUUAUAUACCAUACAACUUGCCAACCACAGAAAGCCAGGCUCGUUCAGGAUCUAUCGGAGGGUCCCAGACAGGGACUGGCUACAGGCAACCAAUUGAUUACUUCUCCAAGUAUUUUGGUUGGGACGCUUGGGCUGAGAUUGCCGGGUGCACAAAUAAAGUGUCCCAUCUAUCGAACCCAGUGACAGCAAAAGAGGUGGCCCAGUUUGUCGGAAUCCACAUUGCCAUGGGAACAUUGAAGUUCCCCAGUCUCAAGCUGUACUGGCAGGACUUCACCAGGGUGCCUCUGGUUGCUGACACCAUGUCUGCCUCCCGCUUUUCCCAACUCUCCUGCAAACUGCAACUGGCAUCUCCAGUGCCAGCAGGGGAUCCCAUGGACACCCAGGAAGCUGGACACAGUGGUAAUCCAGACAGGCCUAAGGAGGGAGACCCUACACGCAACCCACUCAGAGCUUUACACACCCCAGCUAACCCUACAGUUGGCACAACUAGAGGUGAACUGGAUGGCAGCGGCCACACACUUACACGCGGCCACAGUCAAAUACAAGCUCUUAGCUCCAAGUCUGUGUCUGCCGAAUCCACAACCCAGACAUCCACAGUCCCUCACAGCAUUUGGCAGAGGUGUGGGGACAUACCAUCCAGCCAGGACUGUUUUAGUUUUAAAACUGACCCCCUUUGGAGGGUUAGACCGUUAAUGGACCACGUUCGGGCCGGAUACCUGAUGCUGAGAAGAGAGGGUGACCAUGGAGUCGAUCAAUACCCUCUCCCUUUGACGUGUAGAGCGGUCAACAACAAGCGGCCCUCCUUGCACAGCACUGUCUUAGUUAGAUCUGACGGUAUGAUCAUAGAUUUCAACCUUAGUCUGGAUCUCUCCAACAAAGAGGCCACAGUUGAGAAAAUGGUGCCUAGAGAUGGGAUGGUGUAUCUCUGCAAGCAGGAGCUCUCUACCCCUGCCAUGUUGGAGCACCUCCUUGGGUCUGGGGUCCACGGUGCAGGCAAGGUGGGAGGAGCCAAAGGACAGAUGGGUGAUGAGUUUGUUAGCUCUGACGGGCGGCUGAUGCUACACAGGUACCAUUUAGGCUUCAUCCUCUCUACUGUAGGGAAGGCCCAGCAGAACAUGGCAUCUCUCAUCGACAGCUUCGAGAAGGCCCAAAAGGCAGCCAGCCUCAAUAGAGACUUACUGAAUCUCUACCAUUCCCCACUCUCAGCCUCAGCACUAUGUAGCUGGCCACAGGCUGUUCUGUGGUACCUUACAGAUCUGGCUCUGAUAAACUCAUGGAUGCAGUACAGGCAGGAUCAUGUUCCUCUGCCUGAGCCUCUGAACCUCAUGGCAUUCAGGCUAGAGGUCUCCAAGGCCUUGAUCCUCUCCAGUGGCUCAGACACCCAGGAUGCAGCCCCUCCGCACCCCCCUCCUCAGAAAUUACACUCCCCGGGCACAGCCCCAGAUCCUGGCCUGUUACAGGAUAGUCCUCUCCCUGACGUGGCCACGCGGUACGAUGGUUUGGGCCACUGGCCGGAGCAGCUUGGGGAGGGAGAGGCUGGCAGGUGCCGCUUCGGAGGCUGUGAGCGAAUGUCUCGAGUACGAUGCCUCAAGUGUUGCGUGUUUCUCUGCAUCUCUCGUAAUCACAACUGCUUCUUGAAUUUCCACAGUCAAGGGAGUUUUUGAAGCUGAUAAGAUUUCUGUUUUUCUUUUUUAAGUGGUGCAUGUUUUAUUCAAUGCUAUGUUUAGCUUUUUUUAAAUGUUUUUUUAAAUUUUAGUUUAGAAGCUCUGAUUUCAUACAUUUCCCCCUACACCAUAGUUCUUUGAGUACUUCUCUCUUUUCAGUGUCAGCUUCAGUCCUGUGCAGCAAAUUAGGAACUUGGUCCCUUUUUAGCCUACUGUGUAAAUGUAAUAUUGAUGUAUGCAAUGGCUUUUGUUGUAUGAAUUUACAUACAAAAGAAAAUGUGAAUAGAGAAUUAAUGAUAACCAUAAAGUCAAUGUCUCUGAAACCAAGUGAAAAUACAUUUGAAGAUGUUUUUGAAAUUCUAAUUUUAAAAGUGCUGCUUUUUUUUUUUUUAACCUUGUUUUGUUGUUUACAUGCCAAUAAGCUUUUGCAUGUGUUUUGGCGUUCUUUGUAUGUUAUUUAAUACUGUUGGAGCAAAUACAUGUACGUUUUCUAACA